AACUUUGUUUACCAACAAAAUCCUGAUGCUGGUUCCAAAUGGCGAUCGUUCCACAGGGAUUCUUAUCUGUUUGUCGAUUUUGUUUGUGCCAGGAGGAGAAACAGUUGCUGCCCAUUACAAAAAUAAUACACCCUUCACUAACAAUUGAAGAUGUACGACGAUUCACUGGUAUACAGCUACAUCCGAACGAUGCGUUACGGCUAGCAAUGUGUUUAGAAUGUUUCGACAGUCUCAGAAGAUCAGCCGACUUCCGGAAUGCAUGCAUACGUAACGAACCCACCUUCCAUCAGCUGUGUGUUGGGCCCUUUACCAGCGACAACCACGGGCCGGCUAAAAACACACAGGAUGUAGAUCCGUUAGAGGUUCAAAUAGAAGUUCUUCGAGUUAAUACUGAGCUGUUCGAUGAGGACACGUUUGAGAAUGGCAAUCAAAAUACAAGCACUGUCCCAUCUCAAGAAAUUGCGACAAAAAACAAUGACCAGUACUCGGCCAACUGCAUCGUCAUAAACGAACCGCCGGCUGAAAGGCUCACUGUGAAGCAAGCUCCCGACAGCGAGAAGGAAACGCCGAAUGACGAUGAGUUUACUUGGCACGAGAGUGAAACAGACCCAGCACGAGAUGGGAAGCAAAAACUCGUCCGCAAAAAACGUCCUAAUAGAAAAAGAGCAGGUGCCGAACAGAUCACAACAAGGGACCCUGCACGCGAAGCAAAGUCGUCGUCCACAGGUGGUCGUAGUGCACGUGUGCUUUGCAGCAUAUGCGGGACGUUCGUAAGCAACCUGAAUUUCCAUCAAAACUAUCACCACGCUAAAACGUCCAUCAAGCUUCCCUGCCCGCACUGUCCGGCCAAGAUAAGGCAUCAGAAAAACCUGACGCGACACAUCAAUACGGUACAUCUGAAGAUAGUGGAGAAGACGUGUGAAAUAUGCGGCAAAGAGUUCACCACUAACAAUAGCUACGUGUCCCACAUGGACUCACAGCACUACACAGGCGAGCCGCUCGAAUGCAGCGUGUGUGGGAAGAAGUUUAGACACGCGACCAAUCUGAGACGCCAUACAUAUGCAGUGCAUAAUGCAAAACGAUAUUGCUGUGGGAUUUGCGAUAAAUCAUUCAAAUCAAGCGGACUGCUUAAUAUCCACCAACGCGUUCAUUCAGACGCUCAGCCGUACGCGUGUAGCCAGUGCCCGAAGCGUUUCAAAAGCCGGUUUGCAAGAAAAACACACGAAUUGACACACAGUGGCGUUCUGUUUAAAUGUACGCUUUGCGAAAAAUCUUACCGUUACAAAUCGCUGCUAAGCAUGCAUAUGAGAAAGAUGCACCCGGAGGAAAACACGCAUAAUGAGGAAGAAUCAAUAUGAGUGGCGCUUAAUCGAUGCAAUGCACUCAGCAUAUUAUUGGUACAUUAAGCUUAUUCUUCCUAUUCGGCACAACAUCCGAGGCGAUCUAGGCCUCCAUUAAUAGGAUUGGCAAUUUGUGGCAUAAAUAGAUGUAUGAUAGAUAGAAUAAGCCCAUUACGGACGUGGUGGUAAGUCGUGCUAGUUGACGACUGUACCCCGCAAGACCCUCGCUUAAGUUACAUUAAGCAAGAAGAAAUAAACAAAACAUCAUAAUAUUUAAAAAUAUGCAACAAUCUUUAAAGAAAGGUUGGAGUAGGCAUCCUGCUGGCAAUUAAUAAACAUCAAUGCAAAACUAUUUUUACAUUUUCUAAUGCCAUAUCUGGAAAACAAGAGCACCCUUUUGAAAAAUGUAAAAUUAUCAAAAUUGUUGAAUACCGGAGAAUUGAGAAAUGUACAAUGUACAUGGUUACAACAGGUACAAUCGGUAAUUAAUAUAGUAGGUUUACUUACGGCAUUACUACUCGAGAACAGCUUGGCUGCCAAAUCCUCCGGUGUUCAUAUCAAUCGAUUCAACAUUCGGUUUGUUCGGAUUACAAAGGAU